AUGGCGUCGCUGACCCCCGCCGGGUCUGAGCCGUCGCUGGAGGACGAGCUGACCUGCUCCAUCUGCCUCUGCCUCUUCAGCAGCCCCGUGACGGUGCCCUGCGGCCACAACUUCUGCGGCUCCUGCCUGGAGCUGACCUGGGCCGGGGCCGAGCGGGACCUCAGCUGCCCGCAGUGCCGCACCACGUUCGCCACCCGCCCGCAGCUGCGCAAGAACACGGUGCUGUGCCGCGUGGUGCAGGAGCUCCAGGGCGGCCUGGCCAAGGCCGAGGAUGCCGCUAAGACGGAGGCCUGCGAGGCUGCCACCACUGUCCCCUGCGACAGCUGCCUGCAGGCGCUCGCGGCCAAGACCUGCCUCACCUGCAUGGCCUCCUUCUGCCUGGAGCACCUGCGGCCGCACCACGAGAGCCCGGCCUUCCGUGACCACCAGCUGUGCCCGCCGCUGCCGGACCUGCAGCAGAGGAAGUGCGCGAGCCACAACAAGCUGAUGGAGCUCUUCUGCCGCGAGCACGCGGCCUGCAUCUGCUCCACCUGCAUCCUCAGCCACCGCCUGUGCCACACCAGCCCCCUGCAGCAGGCCAAGGAGGAGGCCGAGCUAGCGCUGAAGAAGAGACUGAUGCAGAUCUAUAACCAGAGCGGAAGAGCUGCUCAGGCACUGGGCCUCGUGAAGGCAAACCAAAGCAAGAUCACUGAGACAGCUUCCAGGAAAAGAGACUUGAUCACAACUGAGUUUUCAGAAAUUAAAGCUUUAAUUGGAGAAGAAGAAAAUCGACUCUUAAAAAUAAUUGGCGAUGAAGAAAUCAGAGUUUGCAAUAAGUUUGAUUAUAUUUUGGGUGUUCUGAGAAGCAAGAACAAUGAAAUCCAGUCUAUCAGAGAUCAGAUUGAGACGGCACUGACUGAACGUGAUGACAUUCUGUUUUUAAAGAGAGCAGCUGCAUUGCAACAAGUAACUACAAAAGAUGUGUUCACCCCCACAAUUGAAAUGGACCAAAACAUUUUACAUUCCGCUUAUCAGUCUGCCAUUAACAUUAAAGAAACUGUGAAGCUUCUAGUGACUCAGUCUAAGGAGAAAAGCGCAGAAGCAAAAACCUCCGUUAGACCUAAGCCUCCUGGAGCAGCUUUUCCAAAUAGAAACAUUCAUGUAAAAAAGCCUGUUGGACCACAAGAGGCUAUCCAGAAAGAGAAAAUCCAAAAUCAGACUCAAGCUACCCCGCAAGAAGAGGCAGACACCAAAGACAAAGACAAAAAGAAACCCGCUAAAUCUGCACAAAAACCAGGAGCACCAAAUGCUGCAUCUGCUGCUGCUGCUGCUACUAAACAACUGAUUGACAGCUUUUUGAAGAAGCCCAGAGAGGAGCUUUUGCAGUAUGCUGAUAACAUCACCCUGGAUUACAAUACAGCUCAUAAACAAGUGAUCCUGUCUGAGAAAUACACCAAGAUAUCUGUCUCUGAAAUCCCCUUGAAUUACAGCGAGCACCCGCAGCGCUUCACCUAUUGCUCCCAAGUGCUGGGGUUCCAGUGCUUCAAGCGAGGCAUCCACUACUGGGAGGUGGAUCUGCAGCAGAACAACUUCUGUGGCAUCGGCAUCUGCUACGGCAGCAUGGAGCGACAGGGGCCCGAGAGCCGCCUGGGCAGGAACGGCAGCUCUUGGUGCAUCGAGUGGUUCAAUAACAAGAUCUCAGCCUGGCACGACGACGUGGAAAAGUGCUUACCCAACACAAAGGCCACGCGGAUCGGUGUGCUGCUGCACUGCGACCAGGGCUUUGUCAUCUUCUUGGCUGUUGGGGAAAAGCACAACUUGAUCUACAAGUACAAAGCACAGUUUACGGAAGCGCUGUAUCCUGCCUUCUGGGUCUUCUCCAGUGGCACUGUUCUCUCUCUCUGUCAGCUGAAACCCUGAUGUCUCUUAGCUUAACGUGGUGGUAUUUACACAAAUAAUCAGUCCUGUAGCAACUCGUCUCUGUAGUCGUAACAUGUGCUCUGAAUUCAAGGAGAGCUAUUGGUUUGCUGGGUACACAGGUAAAACUUCUCCAUUUCAGUUGUGGGAGGAAGAGGAAAAAGGGAGUUUUGUCCCUAACUUCUAGCUUCCCAGCUGAGUGAAGAAAAUAGGAUUUCUGCACCAUGGUAAAGUUAGAAGAAAGGGCUACUUGGUUGUGUUGAUAGCCUUGUUCUUCUUUUAUUCUUUCCCUCAUCUUUAGCAAGCCUUAAAUUUAAUUGCAAGGGGGAGGGGAACUUUCUUUCUAGUCCAAAAUACUUUUAACGCAUGCAAGAUAGACCUUUUAAUAGCAAUUUUAAAAUAAUAGAUUUGAAAUAAUUCAAAGAAAAAUGAUACUGUACAGAAUGGUACUAUCCCUACCACACAGUAUUAUUUCAAGCAGCCUCAAAGAUCCUCUGAGAGAGAAAAAUUAUUAGCUCUUUCACACAUUUUGGGAUAUCUCUUGGUUCUUUAGUUUGAACUGUUACAAUGGUGAUUUUAAGUGCUGAUUAAACCUGAGGUAAAAAGCAUUUGCAAAGACCUUGAUUGCUCUUCUGGAAGCAAAGUUAUGAUGACAUUAAAUGGCUUCAGUAGCUAUCCCGACUUCUGCAGUUUCCCAUAGCAGACUUCCAGAAGUCAUUUUCUGUUCUAGAUGUCUUGCCUUGCAAGCAAUAACCCCUUUGAGAAGGAAACAGGAGGAACCCCUUUAGAAAUUUAGGUUCCAGGCUUUGAGGUUGGUCUGUUACCUUUUUCUCUACCCUUAGACUGUUGUGCAUAGUCAGGAUUUGAAAUAUAAAUGUUCUCAAUAUAUAACUGAGAGCUAUGGAGUUAACUAUCAAAAUCAGCAAAUUUAGGUCUUAAAUCAUUAAACCAUAAAAGCCAAUAUGACAAAUCUCACCAGAGCAGAAAUGCAGGGCCAAAGCAUUUGCAUCACUGGGAACUCUGGUGUUCCCAGGAGUUUGGGAACACAUGGAGGUGUCCUGAGGGAGGCACCCUGCAGAGCUGCAGUGCCUACCCUGUGCUCACACUCUCCUUGGGAUGAAGCAUUUUAUCCUGUUCUAAACCAGAAUGUGCUUCACACCUUCACAGCAAAGGCUCUUCAGUAUUUCUUUGUAUUGAGGAGUUCAGGGAGCAUAUUUUGGGCUUGCACAGGAGCAUAAAUGUUUUGAUCCCUUACAGCAGGCUGUCCUGUCAUAAAGCUUUUUCUCUUUAUGAGGCAGGAUAUUCUCUGCAGGCUUAUCUCCUGUGGUUCAGAGCAUAGGGACCAGAUCUCCUGCAUUCUGGCCAUGCUCCUGAGACUGUGGUUUCCAUGGUCUGCAAGCGGCGCGCUCAGUAAUGCUCAGAGGAUGCCGUUUGCUCUGUGCAUGAAGCAGGCAGGUCAAGUGGCUCUUCUGCAACACACAGGGAUGCAGCACACACGAGAACACACGUCCACCCCUGCUGGGAUGGAUUUUUAUUUCUGGUGUUCUUUGCCUAGGUUUAUGGUGUGUGUCCAGAGCUCUUCACCACGUACAGAGGAUUUUGUACUACUUAUUCUCUAUUUCUUUGUAAAAGCUUUUAAACAAUCAGGAGGCAAUCAAGGUAUUUGGAUCUCAUACUUCUUGGGCCAGUAUCUUGUUCAUGCCUCUAGAUGUACUCUGCUAGUUCUUAUUUCUUGGACUAGCCCACAGGGAAUGGGGAAGCCGAAAGAGAAACCUACUGGGCUUUGAUGGGUGAGACUCUUGGCAUGCUUUGUGAAAUAAAAUGCAAGGCUAUUAGUGGCAGUUUGAAGAGAACUGUGAGAAUGAAAAUUUUGAGAAGAACCUUUUGUGACAUUUCACAGUAGCUGAAGUGCUUCACAAAAAAAAAAAAAGUUAGGACUUAACUAUUUUCAUUUGAUUUGUAAACUCUCCAGCACAUUGUCAAGUAAAGCACCAGUCAGAUGAACUGCUUCAAUUCUUCUGGCCAAAAAGAGAUUUUUAAUUGCAGUUAGACCUAGAGAUGGUGCAAUGGUUGUCUUUGGA